AGGGGGGGAGAGAAAAAGUAAUGCUGACGAGAUUACGAUUUCAAGAUGGCAGCCAUACGUAGAGUGAAUAUUUCCAGAAUCUCCAAAAAUCUGUUUGCCGCUUAUCUUCCUUCGCGAAAUCUCAGCGCCAUUCAAAUACAAAAGGAGGUUGAAUAUAAUGAAGGCGAGAACGAAAAGCACUACCCACCACACAUCGUCAACAUUGUUGAACAGAUUUCACAAUUGACCCUUGUUGAAACAGCUGAACUUAACGAACUUUUAAAGGUCAAAUUGAAGAUCCCAGAUGCACCAAUGAUGGCAAUGGGUGCUACGUCGAUGGCUCCAUCAGCUGAUAAGAUUGAGGCUGCCGAAGAGCAAGAAGAACAAACUGAGUUCACUGUUAAACUUACUGCAUUUAGUGCUGAUGGAAAAGUUAAACUAAUAAAAGAAAUAAAAAAUAUUGUUGAGGGUCUUAAUCUUGUUGAGGCAAAGAAAUUUGUUGAAGGCGUACCUCAAGUUGUGAAAGAAAACAUUAGCAAAGAAGAUGCUGAUAAACUUAAGAAACAAUUGGAAGCAAUUGGAGGGACUGUUGUUGUAGAGUAAAUACUCACAUUUGUUACAUAAACAUAACACAUGUUGAAACUCCCAAAACAGUGGCUACCUUUCUCGCGAGAAAACCAAAACAUGUUGCUUGAAAUCAUCAAAA